CCACUGAAGAAGGCCUUUCAACGGCUGAAUAUCUCGCAUCCGAUGUUGGAACCGGAUCAAAUGCAGCAAUAUUCAUACAAUAUACUCUCCUAUAUUGCCAAAGUAAAACAUAUGGCUCGUGAGGAAUUCGAUUCACUCUGUUGCACUGUUGCAGCAGCAUUGCAACACUCAACAGCACCAAUUUUUCCAUUGUUGCAAAUUGGCGUUCCCAGACUGCUAAUCGCUCCAUCGAUACAGUUCCGAAAUCCGUUCGAAGUAAAACGAAGCAAACUGAUUGAGCAGAUCCCAAAAAUGCGAAUCAAUCUGAUGCAACAGUUCAGCACCAGGAAAAUACCCGUUUUUGAAGGUGGCCGGCCAGGCAUGCGUCUCAAAUUGCAACAUGCUGGUUUGCUCUCUUUUUUUUUUCAUAAAUCUCUUCUGAUCUCAAGCUAG